UUAAUAUUAUUAUUUGAUAAAAAGCUUAUUAUAUAUUAUGUUUGACAAAAGAUAUCAUAUUUAAAACAACAGGGAAUAGAUUUUCAGAUUACAGUACAUAUGUACCCUAUAUUUGAAUUGGCUUUUGUUAAUAGUCAACUCUUUCAUUCUCAUCUACUACACCACAUCACAGCUAUCCUAUCAUGCACCAUCUUUUUCCACUCUCUAUAUAUAUAUAAUACAACUUCCUCGUAUUUAGUUAUUACAUACUCAUCCACACACACACAAAAGAAAAGCAUCAUCAAAAUGGAGCUCAAAUUCUUGAUCCUAACAUUAAUUUCUCUCUCCUCCACCAUUGGCCUCCUCCCCGCCGCGGCCGCCAUCAAACCCCCCUCCGGCGGCGAUGUAAACUGGUGGUGCAACCAAACCCCGUACCCCGAGCCAUGCAAACACUUCAUGAGCCACAAUAACAACAAUCCACGCAAAUAUUUCUCGCCCCAAAAAAAAUCCGAUUUUCGAAAAAUGGCCAUUCAGUUAGCCCUAGAGCGCGCUACUUGUGCCGUGGGCAACACGAGAGCCCUCGGCGCCAAGUGUAGGAAUGAGCGAGAGCGAGCCGCCUGGUCCGACUGCGUGAAACUAUACGAGUCCACCAUCGAGCAGCUCAACAAGACCGUGGACCCCACCAUAAACUGCACCGAUUUCGACUCCCAGACGUGGCUGAGCACCGCAUUGACCAACAUCGAGACUUGCCGGACCGGGUUCCUGGAGCUCAACGUAACGGAUUUCGUGUUCCCGUUGAUCUCGAACAACAACGUCUCGAAAUUGAUAUGCAACACUCUGGCGCUCGGAGAUGGUGGUAACGAGACGAAUCACGAGACUAAGGGUUACUAUAACAAGGCUGGUUUUCCGGCGUGGUUUUCUGGGGGUGACCGGAAGCUGCUGCAGGCGGCGGUUAGGGCGGAUGUGGUGGUGGCGCAGGAUGGUUCGGGGAAUUAUAGGACUAUUAAGGCGGCGCUUGAUGCGGCGGCAAGGAGGAGCGGCACCGGGAGGUUUGUUAUACAUGUGAAGAGAGGUGUUUAUAGGGAGAACUUAGAAAUUGCUGGGAGUAAGAUGAAGAAUAUUAUGAUGGUCGGUGAUGGUAUCAAGUAUACUUUUAUUACCGGCAGCCGGAGCGUCGGAGGCGGUUCCACCACCUUCAAUUCCGCCACCGUUAUUGUGACUGCGGAGGGAUUCAUCGCACGCGGCAUAACAAUCCGCAACACCGCCGGACCACAAAACCACCAGGCGGUGGCGCUGCGCUCCGGCGCCGACCUCUCCGUGUUCUACCGCUGCAGCUUCGAAGGGUACCAAGACACACUCUACGUCCACUCGCAGCGCCAGUUCUACAAAGAAUGCUACAUCUACGGCACCGUCGACUUCAUCUUUGGCAACGCCGCCGCCGUUCUGCAGAACUGCAUGAUCUACGCACGCCGCCCAAUGGACAAGCAGAAGAACGUCGUCACCGCCCAGGGACGAACCGACCCGAACCAGAACACCGGGAUAUCGAUCCACAAUUCCCGGGUCAUGGCUUCUCCAGAUCUGGUACCCGUUCUCGGGUCGUUCAGAUCCUUUCUGGGUCGGCCGUGGAAGCUGUACUCUAGGACCGUCUAUAUGCAGACGUAUAUAGAUUCGCUGGUGGAUCCGGCCGGGUGGUUGGAGUGGGAUGGCAGUUUUGCUCUGGACACGUUGUAUUACGGUGAGUACAGGAAUUCGGGUCCGGGUUCAAGUACUACGCGGCGGGUUAAUUGGAGGGGCUACCGGGUUAUAACAAAUGCGGCGGAGGCGGGGCGGUUCACGGUUGGGAACUUCAUUGCCGGGCGGUCGUGGCUGCCUGCCGCCGGUGUCCCUUUCACUGCUGGGCUUUGAGUUUAUUAUUAUUCUGUCUGCGCAUUGUGAUUCUUGUGAAAAAAAAUUAUAUUUUUUUUAA